AUGACCGCCAAAACCAUGAAAGCUCUACGCCUUGUCAAGUACGGCGCACCAUAUGAACUACAAGAAAUACCAAUUCCCUCAAUCGGGGACAACGAUCUCCUUCUCAAAGUCGGCGCCGCCAGUUUCUGCCACACAGAUUACCAAGUCUACGAAGGUGUCUACGAGACCAAGUGCCCGAUAACGCCGUCGCACGAACCAGUCGGAACGGUGGUCGAAACGGGCGCCAAAGCCGCAAAGGCAGGAUGGAAGACCGGACAGCGAGUCGGGAUGCUGAAUUUCAGACACCCGUGCUAUAGCUGUGUUGGGUGCAAGUCUGCGCGGGACCCGAAGCAGCCGGAACGGCCGGAUGCGCGGUUCUGCCAGAAUAAGGAGAUGGCUGGGAUUUCAGCGGACGGCGGCUUUGCGGAGUAUGUUGUUGCUGAUGCGGAUUCGAGUGUGGAAUUGCCUGAUGGGGUGCCUUUUGAGCAGGCGGCGCCGUUGAUGUGUGCUGGGGCAACCGUGUGGGGAGGACUGGAUGAAGCCAGUGUAGAGCCUGGGCUUCCUGUCGGCGUCAUCGGAAUUGGGGGCCUGGGGGUUCUCGCUCUGCAGUUUGCAGCAGGUCUGGGCCAUCCUACAGUCGCCAUUGACAACAGGCCAGAAGGCAGACAGCUCGCUCAAGAGCUUCCCGAGCACCUACGACCAAAGAGGAUUGUGGACUCCAACUCGCCUAAUGCAACUGAGGAGGUCGUAAAUUUUGCUGGGGACGGGGGCCUAGCGGCAGUGCUUAUCUGUACCGACAGUGUCAAGGCUACUGAAUGGAGUCUGAAGCUCCUACGGACCAGAGGCGUCUGUGUUCCCUUGGGGCUUCCGGUAGAGGGCUUCAAAUUCAGUGCCUUCGACCUGAUCUUCAAACAGUUGAGUAUCAAGGGAAGUCUCGUCGCAAACCAGCGCCUAGUGACGGAUAUGAUGAGGGUGGUCACUGAGAAGGACAUUCGCUCGCAUGUUACGACGAUGAGCUUAGAGGAGGGAGUCAAUCUCCCGGAGAAGUAUAUAGAUCCGUGCCUGAAGGGCCGCUUAGUCGUGACUUUAUAA